UAAACAGGACUGGCGCGAUCUAACAGCUGUCAAUUGUCUCUCGGUCGUCCACACGUGCGUACACGUCUGGCUGAAAAGACGCAACCAACAGCAGCACGAGUAGGAGCACAGCAGUUGAAACCGAGCGGACGCCAAGAAGGCCUCGUGUCGUGAUAGUGAAGCAUACGAACCACAGUGGCCGCACAGUUCUUUUCGCAGUGGUAGCAUUAGCAAAUAAUUUCGGAUCCUUACUUACGGCUCAAAAAUGCCUGCAGAAAAGCGCUCUAGUCAACCGCGGAUCGUACGGACGUACGAGUUUCCAACGAAACCCGAAAAGCAGACGCUCGGCCAGUAUCUCUACAACUCGCAGGAUGGCAAAAUUCUUGGCCGCACGUCCAAAGGCUGGGCUCAGCUACUGUUCUUCUAUGCCUGCUUCUACACCGUUCUGGCGGCACUGUUCGCCAUCUGUAUGCAGGGGCUGCUGGUCACGCUGAACCAUCAAUACCCGAAGUGGCAGCUGGAUGAGUCGCGCAUCGGUACCAACCCUGGCGUGAGCUAUCGCCCCCAACCGGUAGAAGCGGAAGGCAUCAAUAGCAUCCAGUAUGUGGCGGCCAACAAAUCGGACGUUGCGGUGUGGGUCAACAUGCUCAACGAUUUUCUGGCACCGUACGCGGAUCAUACAUUGCUACCCGGAGGUGGCAAGAACCAGGUGAUCUGUGACUUCAACACUCCACCAACGGCCGGCAACGUGUGUGCCUUCGAUGUGAAGAACCUUGGUCCAUGUUCGGCAGCGGCAGGAUACAGCUACAACCGAUCGGCGCCAUGCAUUUUCAUUAAGCUCAACAGAAUUUAUGGCUGGCAGCCCGAGUUCUACGAAGACGUCGACGAUCUGCCCACCGACAUGCCCGACGAUCUGGCGUCCCACAUUCGAUCGCUACCCGCUCCGGACCGGCGCCAGGUGUGGGUGACGUGCAAGGAACUUACCACCACUGACGAAAACCAGCUCGGACCGAUCGAAUACUUACCGAGCCAAGGUUUCCCAGCGUACUACUACCCAUACAUGAACAUCGACGGCUAUCUGAGCCCACUCGUCGCCGUACAUCUUGCACGACCGAAGCCGAAAACGACCAUCAGCAUCGAGUGCCGUGCCUGGGCGAAAAACAUUAUCUACCGCGGAGGUAGUCGCGAUCGGGCCGGGUCGGUGCAGCUAUUCCUGCGUAUUGAUUAGAUAGCGCUGCGGCUGAUUCCCACCGACCAAUGUGACAAUGUCGAAUUGUUGUUGCUUUUUUUUAACGUGUUACGUUGAUCCGUUUUGCUGAACGCAGCGACACAAGGGGACGAGAAUUCAUUAGAAACAAAUUACAUCGCAGCCAGACGCCCGCCCGAUCAUCCUUCCACAACGCACGUGUGCUAUGAAGAGUUUACUUAAACGUUUUAGUGAAGUGAGAAAAUAAAAGUAAAUUAUGGUAAAUAAAUGAUUUGCGGUUAAUUUAUACGCGUCCCAGCGAUGGCGGUUUGAGUUGCGAGCGCGUCGCAGCUUGAACGUGAAAUAUUUCACGCAUGCAAGCGGUGCAAAGUUUCACCCGCGUGCGCGACACUUGCGCGCCUGUUUUUUUGAAUUCGAGUGGCCGUUUAAUUUAGUUUAGCAGUUAGCUGUAGAAAAAGGUUAGCAUACCACCUAAAAGACGCAAAGUUACUAAGAUAGAACGUACUUAAGAGACAAACGAGAAGGUUUAUAAUCUACAAAUGUUUCAUUUUUCUUUCAAGUCAACUUUAGCCGUAACCGUUGCAUUCGAAUUGGUUUGAGGGUUUAUUCUGUUGUUUGGUUUAGUUUGUGAUAGGCGAGAAAUCUAUGUACUUGGAAAUAGAUGCGGCUGCAAUACCA